AUGUCGCCAGCUCAACAACGUUCAAGCUUUGACGACCUCGAGGAAUUUCGCUUGCGCCGGAAAACGAACUCGAUGGAUGAUUUGGUAGACAAAGCUGGGAGCCAAGAUCGACGUGAUGCCGCAGUGAUGCAGAUUUGGUUCACACGUCGGCAAGGAUGCCAAAGAAGCAACGAUGAGCAAACAACAAGAGGCACGGCUAAACUCUCGCAAGCAAGAGCUGACAAGCAACUUGCGGUGUUAAUGGAAGAGAUUGACCUAAACGAGGACGUCGACAACGUCUCUGCGACUCUGAUGGAAGUAUUUUGUCGUACGGGACGCGUGGCAACGGGACGCGUGUUGGUGUUGAUU